AUGGGCGAUUUACCAUCACAGAGAGUGCGAGCAUUCGUUCGACCAUUUGCGGCAACUGGCAUAGAUUAUGCUUGCCCUUUGCAAGUAAGUGAGAGUCAUCGCCGAGGCCGAGUCCACGUGACCAAAGGGUACGUCGCCGUGUUCACUUUCUUCAGCACAAAGUCAGUUCAUUUAGAACUGGUUUCUGAUCUUACAACAGAAGCAUCUCUUGCUGCAUUGAGCCGUUUCACUGCUAGGCAUGGCCUCCCUUCAGACAUUUUUUCCGAUAAUGGAACGAAUUUUGUUGGUGCUGCGACGGAGCUCCAAGAAGUCUUCGAAUUAUUAUCCAGAGAAGAGAAGACGAUUGCUACACAGUUGGCUAAACAACGCAUCGGCGCUGCGGUCAAGUCGAUGAAGAGACAUUUAUCGAUUGUGACAGAGGGCAGGAUGUUAACAUUCGAGGAGUAUAACACUCUUUUAGCAAACAUUAAAGCUGUCCUGAAUCCUAGGCCAUUGACUCCAAUCACAAACGAUCUUCUUGAUUUCCGUGUCCUCACUCCUUCCCACUUCCUAAUCGUGACUCGCUCAUACAGCCUGUUCAAUGUGAUUUUCUAA